UUUAUAAGUAGAUGCAACACCUCAUUUAUACCUCCUUAUCUCAUACAGAAGAGCUAAGAUUGGCAGAAAUGAUUUCACAGAAGCCACUUGCUUGGAGCAGACUACCAUGACGAGCCAGUCUCAGGGGAUCCACCAGCUUCUUCAGGCAGAAAAAUGGGCCAAGGACAAGCUAGAGGAAGCCAAGAAGAAGCCUGGGACUGCUUCUGGAAAAGGAAAGCGAUUGAAGCAAGCCAAGGAGGAAGCAACGGUAGAAACUGACCAGUACAGAAUGCAGAGAGAUAAAGAGUUUCGACUAAAACAAUCUAAGAUAAUGGGCUCUCAGAGUAAUCUCUCAGAUGAAAUAGAAGAACAAACACUAGGGAAGAUACAAGAACUUAAUGGACACUACAAUAAGUAUAUGGAAAGUGUGAUGAACCAGCUCUUGAGCAUGGUCUGUGACAUGAAACCAGAAAUCCAUGUGAACUACAGAGCCACCAACUAAAUGUACAUCAUAGUUUUCAAGAAAAAAAAGGUGUGUGAGUGCCACCUGGUUGCUUAUGGCUUCCUGUUUUUAUAUUAAGAAAUUUGAAAUGUGAACCUUAAAUUUACAUUUACAGGAAAUGUGACAUAACUCAUACAUCAGCACUGAAUUAAACAAAACAAAAUACAA